AUGGCCAAUCAUAAUCAACAUCAAUAUCAUCAACAACAGCAUCAGAUCAUAUCAACUGGUCAUAAUAAUAAUAAUAAUAUGUAUGUUGAUAAUGGUCAAACAUCAAUCGAACAAUCAAUAAGUCCAACGGAUAAUGGACAACAAACAUCAAUUGAUUAUAAUAAUAACAACAACAGUAGUAGCAACAGUAGAAAUGGUCAUUCAUCAUUUUAUGAUGAUCCACCAUCAACAUCACCAUCGACAACAACCAUUUAUCUAUCGAAUAAUUGUAUACUGCAUAGUUAUAUACAAACAGAUAUUAUGACUGCAAUUAAUGAACAUUUUCAACGUUCAUUUACAUUAUUAUUCAAUAUGAAACAAACGCAAUCAUCAUCAUUCAAUAAUCAAAACGAUGAUGAUGAUGGUGAUGGUGAUGUGAAUAAUAAUGCUGGUACGGCAACAAAAUCAUCACUAAAUCCAAAUGGUUCAAAUCUAUAUGGUCAAAAUGAAAAUAAAAAUAUCGAUGUAACAACAACAACAACAACAUCGACAGCAGCAGCAGAUGGAAUCUAUAAUGCGACCAAUACAAACGAUAAUGGUGGAAAUUUAAAUAACAACGGAAAUGAUGAUGAUGCAUCUUCUUCGUCUUCGUCAUCAUCAUCAUCAUCAUCAGCUGUAGUUAGUAGUUCAACAACAAUGACAAAAACUGUUAAUAAUAAUCAAACAAAACGUUGUUGUAGUAGAAAUAGUAACAAUAGCAAUACUACAAAUGAUUCUGGUCUAUUAAUUGGUCAGAAUAAUCAGAAUAAUAAUAAUCAUAAUCAUAAUCAUAAUAGUCCAGAUUCAAAUCCAAAUCAAUCCAUGGAUUCAAGAUGUGAUUCAAGUAAUGUUGUUGGUUAUAAUCAAAAUAAAUCACAACAUCAACAUCAACGUCAUCAUAGACGUUAUGAAUUAUGUAAACGUCGUUAUUUACGACGUUUACAAUUAUUGCAUACACCUAUGAUUAAACGUAAAUUACCGGCAUCAUUUUGGAAAUUUAAUACAAGAUUCUCUUGUUAUUAUUAUGCUGCUGCUGCUGCUGGUAUUUAUCCAUCAUCCACCAACACCACCACCACCACCACCGCUAGUACCACUACACCCGCUACUACGUCUGGUCAAUCAACGGCCGUUAUUCAUCAUAAUCCAUCGAUCGGUACGAAUUAUAUUGCUUAUCAUUCUGCAUCACCAACAAUUUCCAAUAAUCAUCCCCAAUCAUCAUUGUCAUCAUCAUCCACUACUAAUUUGGUUAAUCCAAUGAUUACCAAUGAUCAUCAUCAUCAUUAUACUGGGGCAUCACAAUCAUAUGCUACUAGUCUUUAUCCUCAAACAGUAUCAACACCAUCACCAGCACCACCAGCACCACCACCACCACCACCGCCAUCAUCAUUAUUAUCAACGGCACCAAUUCCUGUUACGAAUUCUGUAGCCACUAUUGGUACAACUAGUUCAUAUUAUGGUACCGAACAAUAUCAACAUGGUCAUAAUCAUGAAAUAAUGGACAUGACUUCUACUUCUAAUUCAGCUACUUCAUCAUAUCCACUUAUAAAUGAAAAUCCUUUAUUAUCUGAAUCUUGUUCAAUGAUGGAUUCCGCUUCCACGAUUCCACAAUCAUCAUCAUCAUCAUUGGUUACGAAUUAUCCAUCAUAUCAUAAUCAAUCCAACUCAAUUGGUCAUAAUUCUGGUCAACAUCAUCAUCUUCAUCAGCAGCAGCAACAGCAGCAGCAGCUCGAUCAAACAGAAUUAUCCAAUAAUUUUCAACAACAAACACAACAUUCAGCAUUUACAGCAUCAACACCAUUUAUUGCAAUGGCCGCUGCUGUACGAAGUUAUCAUGAUGUAUUCAAUAACAACAACAAUAAUAAUCAUUCAUCAAUUGACCAUUGUCCAUUGCCAUUAUCAUCAUCAUCAACUACUAUAACAACCACCACCAACGAUACAUCUACUACAUCAGUUUCUACAACAUCGGCAACAACAGCAACGGCCAAUGGUUGA